AUGAGUCACAUCCAUGAGUUUUUUGAUGCAAGGCUGUUUUCGAUUCAUCCUGAGACACUUCGUAUACGAGCUUUUGUUCCGUACGAUGCAAUAUUGGAUUACCACGGACGUAUAGCUAAUGUCCCACAAGAUGUGGACCGUGCUGCUCUUGCGCACCAUUACGAGAUGUUUUGCAUCGAAAGUAUGGCUGCCAAUAUGCCUCUUCCCGAACUGACGACAUUGACGUCUGGGACGAAUUCUCCUUUCACAGCAAGAUAUGAUCUUCCAGCGACGCCAGGACCGGAUACAUCUGGGGACCCGUCUAAGAGAACGCGAAUCAUUCCGGUUGCAUCGGAGAAGGGACCUGAUCUUGUUGCUCAGUAUCACCAAGAUGGGGACACGGAAGACGCGGAAGACGCGAAAUAUAUGCGCGAAACUUGUUUUGACCGACAUAUUACCCCUCUCAACAGUCAGCAAUUUCUCGCUGAUGUUAAUUUUGAGCUUGGGAAGCUUAUCGAUUAUGAGAAGUAA